AUGAGCUCACUUAGAAAUGAUCAUGAAUUAUAUUUCAAGCGAUUUCAUUUGUAUCGAUUUUACCGAUCACCGAUUUCUCGAUUGAUUCCCGAAUGUCGACCUGAUGGUAAAUUCGCUUCCUUUCAAUGUCAUGGUGCAGCUGUUGGAGGUGGAAAAUUCUAUCAAUGUUGGGACCCAGAGGGGAACAUCAUCCGAGGUCCAUUAAAGAAGGUCAAGGCUUGUGGUUGUAUUCUCCAAAGGCACCAAUUGACCAAUGAAAGACCUCGACGAAUUGGAGCUUUUAUUCCUGCAUGUGAGGAAUCUGUUCACUUCAAGAAACACCAAUGUCAUUGAUCAACUGAACACCGUUGGUGUGCCCAAGUAGAGAACCCAAAUUUUUUUUGUUUUUUUAAAUUUGAAUCGAUUGUGAUCAUCAAAUGACCUUGAAACCGUAUCCUAACAAAAUAAUCCGAAUGACCUUGAUAUUUUAAUAUGACAAUUGAGUAUGGCCUAAACUACCAUAACUCGAGUCUUGGGUCUGAACACUCAUAAACAAAUCAAUCCACCGAAAGCACAAUCCUCUAAUUCACAACGUCAAUUUUACCCAAUCUGCUCCUGAAUCCGUUGAUUGGCGAACAUCAAUCGUCACAAAGGUCAAAGAUCAAGGUCAAUAUGGUUCAUGUUGUAAUUGCGGUUUAACGGAUUACGUCAAAUCCAACAAAGGAGAUGAAAAACCUUUUCUCCAAGCUGUCGCAAAAGGAGUUGUUUCCGUUGCGGUAGAUGCUAAACCUUUCCAACUCCAUGAGCAAGUUUCGUUUUAGAACUUCAGAACAGUCAGAAAGCAACAGGUUUUUUGCCCUUGUCAAAUAAAUAAUAAUAUAACUAUUCAAUCGUUUUAUUCAGUUCUGGAAUCCUUAACUCUCGAUCACGUGAUCCUGAGAAUCUUGACCAUGGUGUCACUGCUGUUGGAUAUGGAGUCGACAAU